GGGCCAACCCCACCGACCCCUCAACCCCAACGCAGCCAGGAUGGCCCAGAAGGUGGGAGGUGCUGAUGGGUGCCCUCGCUGUGGCCAGGCCGUGUAUGCAGCCGAGAAGGUGAUCGGAGCUGGGAAGUCCUGGCACAAGUCCUGCUUCCGCUGUGCCAAGUGUGGCAAAAGCCUGGAGUCCACCACCCUGGCAGACAAAGAUGGGGAGAUCUACUGCAAAGGUUGCUACGCCAAGAACUUCGGUCCCAAGGGCUUUGGCUUUGGGCAGGGCGCCGGG